AUGACAUCAAGAGCAUCAAUUCAAGCUCAUUCAUUGAGCACAUCCAGUCACACAACAGAAUCACCAUUAAGCAAUCGUGCGUCCAAUGACAAUGACACUAUUUUGAUGGCAAAAAAAAUGAGUAGGGUCAGCUUAGUCGAACGUGAAGAACGGCAGCAAUCACUUGAUCGUUUAGAAAUGCUCAAAACAGUUGGCACUGGUUCAUAUGGUCGAGUCAUUGUCAGUCGAGAUCGUGACACUGGCAAUUACUAUGCAUUGAAAAUAUUUCCUAUUAAUCAUGUUGUGCAAUCGCGUCAAACUGAACAUGUUAAAAGUGAAAAGGAAAUUUUAUCUGCUAUAAAACAUCCAUUUAUUAUUCGGUUAUAUUGGACACAUCAUUCGGAACAAUUUCUCUACAUGCUUCUUGAUUAUGUACCUGGCGGUGAACUAUUUACCUACAUGAAAAAAAGCGGUACAUUCGAUCUAAAAACAUCAAUAGUUUACAUAAGUGAAAUAACACUUGCAUUUGAAUAUCUUCACUCGCUACAAAUUGUUUAUCGCGAUUUAAAGCCUGAAAAUCUUCUACUGGAUGGUGAAGGUCACAUUAAAUUGGUUGAUUUCGGUUUUGCUAAGAAAAUUUUAAAUAAAACAUUUACAACAUGUGGCACACCAGAUUAUCUAAGUCCAGAAUUGUUCAAAGGGACAGGACACAAUAAAAGUACCGAUUGGUGGAGUUUAGGUGUUUUAUUAUUUGAAAUGCUCAGUGGAGUCACACCAUUCAAUCCAAAUCAAAAUGAAAGUGAAAUUCCCAGUCGUGUAUUAGCUGGCCGAAUAACUUGGCCACGUACAAUAGAUGAACAGUCAAAAGCAUUUAUUAAAAAACUAUUGAAUCAAAAUCCUGACAAACGCCUGGGCGCUGGCAGAAAUGGUUCACGCGAAGUUAAAGAACAACCAUUUUUUUCAUCAAUUAAAUGGGAAGAUGUUUAUGCAAGAAAAUUAAAACCACCCAUUAUACCUGCUGUUCAACAUCCAGGUGAUACAUCGUGUUUUGAUCAAUACAAAGAAGAUUGGCGAUCAGCUCCAUUUGCUUCGGAUAAAGAACUCGAAUUAUUUGCUGAUUUUUGA